AAAAAAAAUGGUAUGUGUAAGAAUAGAAAAUGUCAAUGGCGUUUCAACGAUGACAGCUCUCCUGCGGAGACCGUCCUAACGACUGAAACAUCUUCUCCAAACAUGUCUAAAGUAUAAAACCCACGUUUAUUAGACCUCGAAUUAUCCUAAAGUGUCGUCCUUUAGCAAACCCGCAUCGAAAGUUUCCAUCUUUUUCGUUUACUAUUCAUGGAGGUGGAAGAAGAUAGCAAGAUUCCUAGGAUUGUAAAAGAAGAUGGGCAUGGUGGAAGUGAUCUGACGAAGAAGAAGAAGAAGAAGGAGAAGAAGUAUUGGAUGGGCUGUCUCAGAGCUGAAUCUGACGAGAGUGGUAACGUUGAUUUGAGUGUUGAGUUCCCUGGGGAACGCGCUGAGCCUACUCAUCUAGUCGUCAUGGUCAACGGUCUCAUCGGAAGUGCUCAGAACUGGAGAUUUGCUGCUAAGCAGAUGCUGAAGAAGUAUCCUCAGGAUCUCAUCGUUCACUGCAGUAGACGCAACCAUUCUACACAGACAUUUGAUGGAGUUGAUGUUAUGGGUCAAAGAUUAGCAGAAGAGGUUAGGACGGUGAUCAAACGUCACCCAAGUCUCCAGAAGAUUUCCUUUGUAGGACAUUCUUUAGGUGGCUUGAUUGCUAGGUAUGCCGUUGCCUGUCUUUAUGAGCAAGAAUCCCCGCAAAACAGUGAGGAACCAAAAGAGAGAAUCGCUGGAUUGGAGCCUGUGUGUUUUAUAACUUCUGCAACGCCGCACCUUGGUUCAAGAGGACAUAAGCAGGUUCCAUUGUUUUCUGGAUCUCACACAUUGGAGAAGUUAGCUACGCGUAUGUCAUGGUGUCUUGGUAAAACGGGGAAACAUCUUUUUCUAGCUGAUGGUGAUGAUGAUGGAAAGCCUCCCUUACUCCUCCGUAUGGUUAGCGACCGUAGAAACCUUAAGUUCAUUUCUGCUCUGAGAUGCUUCAAGCGGCGUAUUGCUUAUGCAAACACAACUUUUGACCGUAUCCUUUCUUCCUCAGGCCUCUUAUUUUCACUACUUUAUUGCAAUUCAUUUGGAACCUUAACCUCCAUUUUGUUGAUAGACCUAGUAGGCUGGAGCACAUCGUCUAUCAGGCGACGCAGCGAGCUUCCUAAGCUUCAACGCGGUCCAUUCAACGAGAAGUAUCCUCACAUUGUAAACGUUGAAGGACCAAGUACCUCAAGUAACCAUGAGGAAGUUCGAUCAGUGACCGAUUCAAACGGGUCCAAGAAUUUUGAUAUGGAAGAGGAAAUGAUAAGAGAGCUAACAAAAAUGAGCUGGGAACGAGUUGAUGUUAGUUUCAGAGGAACCGUGCAGAGAUUUCUCGCUCACAAUACCAUUCAGGUGAAAACGAAGUUGAUCAAUUCAGCUGGAGCAGAUGUUAUACAACACAUGAUUGACAAUUUUGAGCCAUAGUUUAUCUGAAGAUUGCAGCAGAUCCCUCACAAGGGGAAAUAUACCUUUCUGUAAAAGAGUAAUAAAUUUUGUAUUCCCAUUCUGUAACCACUGAUCUUACAAUGCAACUUAAACUAUAAAAGAUCCUAGAAAGGAACAAUACUUCAACCUAUGAAGUGGUUGAGUUAUAAAACAAAUUAGAUUUUGACCUGUGCGGGUUUUUUCGGUUAAUAAAAUGUUGAUAUAAGUUAAUGUUA